AUGUACACAAGGAAAAAGCCCACAAUACUUCUGGGCUUAUCCAUCCUUUCCUAACCCAACCUGAAAUAAUAUCUCACUCUCUGUCAACCAAACACACCAACACACAUCGUCUCUUCGUACUCUCAACGCGAUCUCAUCCAUCAUCAAUGGCGGCGACAACGACGACGACGACAGAAGAGCAAACAAAGCACAACUUAGAUAAAACCCUAACUGAGCACGAACAAUCAGAUCCUCAAGCUCCUCAAUCAAUAGAAGCUUCCAGCAACAAUACUUCACCGGACGCCGGCGUCUCUGCCGGUGACGAAGAACUGAAAGUCAAUUCUGGAGAUCCGGCGGAGAUUAAUAACGGCGGCGAAGAUUCGAAGGCGAAAGAUCCGGCGGAGAAUAAUAGCAGCGUCGCUUUGAAGAAACGACGUGCCGAGCGGUUCGGGAUGCCUGUGCAGUUAUCGGAACAGGAAAAACGUAAUUCACGUGCCGAGAGGUUCGGCACUGGAUCUGGUUUGCCGGAGUCUGACACUGUAAAGAAGUCUGAGGAUAAUAAGAGGAAGGCUAGAGCAGAGAGAUUCGGACUGGAGCAAUCGGUACCAGCUGCAGAGGAUGAGAAGAAAAAGGCGAGGCUUGCCAGGUUUACUCCGGCUUCAAAAACAGAUCCAGUUGAAGAAGAUAAAAAGAAAGCUAGAGCACUCAGGUUUUCGGAGACUUCAGCAUCCGCGUUGCAUCAUAAUGGUAAAGAAAUUGAGCCUAAGACAGCUAUUUCUAACAAGGCAGUUGGAGGCCCCUAAAUAGCCAACUUCGUAUUAUGCCGGUAAAGUUUUUUUUUUCCUGUUGACUUCCCCAUCAACUUAACUUUACAAUAUAAAUUACUGGAUGUCGCAGUCCUCCAUUCUGUGCGAGGUAGCAUAAGAUAUAAGAUACUGCAGGAUGAUUGCAUCUUGUUUGGGUCAAUGCUUAGAUUUAAUUUGUUUUAUCUAGAGUAGAAGCAACCUUCUGAAGAUUCAGCUUCACCUUCAGUGACCACAAGGAAAGUUCAAGAUACUGAAAAUCUUCUUAUAGACUUUUAUGUUGUAUAGCCCCCCUCAUUGUUUAAGUUCUAUGUUCAGGAUCGAGUUGGAGACAGGAAUAUAUCUAAAAAAAAAAAAUCUACUAAUCUAUGUUAAGAGUUUCAAAUUUGUCAUAUACGUACAAAUACUAUUAAGACAUGCACUCCCUUUAAAACCUUUAGAUAGCGAUUAAGCUGAAAAUUGCGAAACUUAUUGAAGGAAUAAAAAAUAUAGCGUCUUUGAAGCAACAUGUCUGUGAGUAUUACUGAUAUGAAGUAGGAGUAAGCAUAUAUUUGAUGACCUUUCUAGACUUGGAUUAAGAAUUUCAGGUUGUCAACUUGAUGUGGUUAUAAUUUAUGUUCAUGAAAGGUGUUAAGAAUGUGGGAUAGUAAAUUGUUUAGCCAUCUUGAUCUAGGAGUUUUCGGGGACACAAUUACUAACAGGAAAGUUAUUCGAGGCUUAAAGUUGGUGUUGCAGCUUAACCUUUUUUGUAACUGGUCCAGUUUGAUCUUGAAAGACUUGACAAAGAGAGGGGGCUCUCAUUAAUUAAAUGUUUUGGAAAAAUAACCUGAUGAUCUAUGGACAGGUAUGUAUUGGCAUUAGGUUUGUUUAAUUUUCUAAAUGUUGACUUGGUGACUUGUUGACUUACCGUGUUUGUGGUCAUUGGAGGGAAGCUGAUAUCUUUAAGGUGCUUGUAGGUUGGUUUGGUCUUGCAAGGUGUAAGGUUGUGCAUCUAUUUUCAGAGGGUAUAAACUAAACAGUCAAAACUAGUAUGUGUAAUUAUUUUGUAAUGACAAUAUAAGUUGAUUGGGGAAUCAUCUUUAUCUGUUCUA